UCAAAGUAGGUGUUUUUUAGUUGCGAUCGUGUCGUGCUCGAAGCGAGUUUGCUGCUCUUUUCCACGCUGCGAUACAACCGCAUAUUACCAUUUGGACCACUUAAACAUCGCCGAAGAAUACAAGGGAACUUUACUUGCUUCUUCAAUAAGUGUUGUAACCUACAGCAAUCAGCUCCAAUCUAAACGACUUAACAGGAUGUCGACUUUACUGAAAUGGGCCCAGAACACGACGCAAGGUAAACUCAACAGCAAGAAUAAUAGCAGCAGCACCACGAACGGGGAACGAAAAUGGAUCCACCCACCAGAAGCACUCCAGAAAGGGCACAUAGCCUAUCUCGUCAAGUUCCUCGGCAACACCGUCGUAGAUCAACCUAAAGGUAUCGAAGUCGUAAAGAAAGGAAUUAGACGAUUGCAGUUCUCACAGCAAAUAAAGAAGAGCGAAACCGGUGCUAAGAUCAGAAAAGUGGAGUUAACCAUCAGUGCGGAUGGUGUGGCCAUACAAGAACCAAAAACGCACACGAUCCUCCACCAGUUUCCAUUGCACCGCAUUUCGUACUGUGCCGACGAUAAAGGAGAGAAGAAGUUUUUCUCGUUCAUUGCCAAGCAACCAUCGCAAGCCAAAAAUGACGAUGGAAGUGAUCAAGAAGACGGACACGAGUGCUUCGUAUUCAUAUCCGAUAAGUUAGCAGAAGAAAUCACGUUAACUAUUGGUCAAGCAUUCGAGUUGGCCUACAAGAGGUUUUUGGAGACGUCCGGUAAAGAUUUGGAGUCUCAAAGGAGGGCGAUGAUAACGCAGCAGAAGAUCAAGAGGCUCGAAAAUGAGAGCAACGUCUACAGGCAGCGCUUGUUAGACCUCUCGAAAUUCAGCAGUAUUAAAAUAGAUUUGGAUCAGUACUUGAUAAAGCACGAGAUUAAGAACAUCUUGGAAAUCAGCGGUGCCAAUAGCGAAACGCUACCUGCAGAGCAAACCAAUGGAAUCACGAAAAUGCUGGACUUUAGCGAAACCACGAAUGGAAGUGCUCCUCCUGUGCCUCCUAGGAACUUUGAUAACGCUCCGGCAGUUGGAACUAAGUUGGAGAAUCUUUUAUUGAACGAUUUGGAGCAGGACGAUGAUUUCGAUCCAAGAUCUUACGAAACUCAUACACCAACGUCUCCUCAAAUCUUCACCAACGGAACGUCAUCAAGUCCACCGUUACUGGCACCACCUCCGAAAGCGGCCAGACGUAACAUCAACAAUAACGAAAGUCCGGUGAAGAGUUUCGGGCAGGAUUUGUUUGGAGCAACACCCUUCAGCAGCACGAUGACGCCAUCACCAAACAGCACAACCAGUGCCAAAAUCCUGGAUCCAUUCGAGAUGGGCGACUUCAAUACGGUCGCAUCUCAGCAGGAAAUCGAAAACGCCAUCGGUUUAAUCGAUAAAAGGAUUCUGGAGAUGACGAAUGGAUUCAGUCGCGGUAUCAGUUUCGGCAAUGAAGAUUUCUCACUGGAAAGCUUGGAUCCUUUAAAAAACUAAAAGGGAGCAACUUAGGUCUUUUGUAUAAUAUUUAAAUUGAAAAAAAAAGAAACAAAUAAUCCCAAACAAAAGAAGAAAGAGAGAAAGUUAGAAUCUUGUCAUAUUGGCCUUUUCCCAAAAGAUGUAAAAACAUUAUAUUUUU